AUGAUUAAGACUUUUCAUGCCCUCUGUAAUGCUUUUUUGCACUAUCGCUCACAGGGUGAGUAUGGGGUGCACAAUAAACUUGCCGAUUUUAGCGGUAACACUCAGGAGGAGAUCAAGAGGCACCGAGCCUCGCUGAACCCCAGCGACAUCCGGGACUACAUCGAUGCUUACCUGGUGGAGAUGGAGAAGGAGAACAACCAGGAGUCGACCUUCUGCGAGGAUGACUUGUGGGUAGCUGUAGCGAACCUGUUCAUUGGUGGGACGGAGACGGUGUCGGCGACGAUGCGGUGGUAUAUUUUGUACAUGGCCCAGUACCCUGAGGCUUGGUAUUCCAGGUUGCCGUACACGGAGGCUGUGGCCGCUGAGAUUAAUUGGCUCAUCUCUGUGUCUCCAAGGGCCCUGCCUCACCUGGCCACACGUGACACUGAUCUCUUCAACUACACCAUUCCCAAGGUUACUGUUGUGUGUAGGGACGAUUCUGAUCGCACACCAGGAGUGUUGCCACAGGGACCCCAACUAAUGGGAGAAGCCAGACCAGUUUUACCCUUGCACUUCCUCGACAACGAUGGUAACUUCAUCAGUAAAAAGGAGAGCUACAUCACCUUCAACAUUGGCCUCCAUCAGUGUCUGGGCGAGUCUCUGGCACGGAUGGAGCUCUUCCUCUUCCAGGCUACCUCAAUGCAGAACUUCACUUUCUCUGUCCCCAAGGGGGAAAAGUUGCCCUUUGAGAAAGACCCAACUAUUUACUUACAAGUAGUGGUUUUUAUGAAGCAGCCCGUCCUCUCCAGCGAUCUCAACGCCAUUAAACUGGUGUACUAA